AUGUAUGUUGUCGAUUGUAGUACAAUCGAUCAUAAAAUCAAAGGUUGGCUGAAAGAAGAUGAGGUCGACUUGAGCAGUGAACAACAACCAUGGAAUGCGUACUUUGAUAUAUCGGAGUCACAUUAUGAAACAAUGGAACCAACACGGGUUUGUAAGUGGGUGACAUUAGAGCAGAAACCGGACUUUUAUCGUCUUGCUGGUGACCAUUAUGUUCAUUAUGGGAAUAAUGGAUCAAGCGCAUUAGUUUAUCCAGUAUGGAUUAAUGAACAUCUAUCAAUAUCGGAAUCACAACGUCAGCGUUUAACACAAGCAUUAUACACGUUAAAUGAACAACGACAAGAUUUCCAUCAGGAACCAUCACUAGUUGAAGAUAUUAUUGAUCCUAAUCUAUUACUUAAUUGUCCACCAUCAUUUAACCGCCAGAAAUGGAUGGAACAACAACAAGAUAGAUUGAAAAAUGAUGAAUACAAAUUAAGGUAUUUUAAACGGAAUUUAGCUAAUGGUGAAUACGAUGAUUUAUCUGAACACGUUAAACUACGUGAAACGUAUCACUGGUUUCCAUCAGAAUUCGUUCUAACAAAGUCAAAUGGUAAAGAUGAUAUUUUAUCGCCCAUACAUCAUCUUCUAAUUCUACCUGAAAACAGGCAAAUUUAUCGUGAUAUAGCACCAGUAUUUAAUAAAAUGAUACCAAUGUUUGAGAAAAUGGGUUCAAUUCGUUGUAAGCAAGAUGAAGAUGAAACAAAAUUACAAGUUAUUGUUAAAGCACAAAGGUAUAAUAUGAAAUCAGGUAUGUAUAGAGCAGCUGUGCUAUAA